AUGAUAUGGAUGGGCUUCAUCCAAUCAGUUGAAGGUGUUAAGAUGAAAGACCAGGGUUUCCUGGAAAAGGAAUUCUACCACAAGACUAACAUAACCAUGCUAUGUUCUUACCAGUUUACGGUUCCAGUAGCUUCUGCUACAGUAUUGAGGGAUGCUCGUGUGGUGAAGAUGGCCAGAAAACCACGAGCCUCCAGUCCAGGUGGCCGCCACCUACCAACACCAAAGAAAAGAGAAAAAGGAAGACCCCCUCUCAACCCAGGCCCAGAAGCCCUAUCAAGGUUCCCAGGACAACCUGGAAGGCAACAAGAACCCUUCCAGGGAGUUCCAGGAAAAAAAAAAACCUCUCCCUAA